UGCACGCAUGCGUGCCGGUCAACGCAAGGACAAUGGAGUCGCAUACACCGGAAUGUCGAGUAGCGAUCUUUCUCCUGCCGAUUCGGAUUAGUCAGAGUUGCGAAACGGAUUGUUCGAUGCGUAACGGCGUUAUGUCACCGCAUUGCGAUCAUCUCUGCGCUGUUUUUUGAUGUCAUUAGAAGUUCCUACUGUAAAGACUCACUCCAGCGUCUCUUCUUCUGAACAAUAAGGACUUCAUGUGAUUUUAUAAGCUCCAUAUACAAUGUCUGAAGUCAGUAUUGGACGAAAGAAAGAAAAAUGUGAGAAUUGCACUAAACAGUGCAACAAGAAAAAGAGUGAUGAAGGUAUAAACUCGCUCCAGGAGAAAGAUAAUUCCAAUGGAGAGGUGAGAGAGUCUACCUCAGUGCAGCAGGUGCUGCUAAGCGCGUGUCUGUCCUGCAAUGGAUGCGUAUCAGAAAGUGAAAGCCAGAAAAUCUCUCAACAGAAUCUGGAUGAAAUCAAGCAUGUGCUUGCCCUUAACAAGAAGUGUGACACUUCAAAACACAAAUUCCUGGUGGUGUCCGUAUGCCCCCAGUCGUUGCCUUUUUUUGCCAUUAAAUUUCACUUGGACGUUCCGGCGGCUGCACUGAAGCUCUGCGGCUUUCUCAAAAGUGUGGGGGUUCAUUAUGUGUUCGACACUACGAUAUCUGCUAGUUUUAGCAUUUUGGAGAGCCAGAGAGAAUUUGUUCAGCGCUACCGCCGUAAGCAUCACGACGCUAAUGCCAUGCCGAUGUUCACUUCCUCGUGUCCAGGAUGGAUUCGCUAUGCAGAGCGCGUUCUCGGCAGCCUUGUGACGCCACACAUAUGCACCGCCAGAUCUCCUCAACAGAUCAUGGGUUCCUUGGUCAAAGACUUUUUUGCUAGACAACAACAACUGACCCCGGAUCAGGUUUACCAUGUGGUGGUGGCUCCCUGCUUUGAUAAGAAGAUGGAGGCCGUGAGAGAAGAAUUCUACAACAGCAUCCUGGAGACCAGAGAUGUUGACUGUGUCCUUACAUCAGGAGAGAUUCUUCACUUGAUGGAACAGAGCAAAGUUACUAUUGAGGAUGUGGAAUCUACUCCUUUGGACCAUGUAUUUGGUGAAACCUGUGACACAGGAAUGAUUAGGCAUGAAGGUCGUGGCGCUGACGGUUUUCUCGAGCACAUCUUAAAACAUGCAGCCAAGGAGCUGUUUGGUCUUGAAGUUCAGGAGAUUGUGUACAAGACACUCAGAAACCGAGACUUCCAGGAGGUGGCGCUAGAGCGUGAUGGAGAAACGCUUCUGCAGUUCGCUGCAGUCUAUGGUUUCCGGAACAUUCAGACUUUAGUUCACAGAAUGAGGAAGGGAAAAGUGCCCUACCAGUUAGUAGAGGUGCUUUCCUGUCCUGGAGGCUGUUUAAGUGGUCGAGGACAGGCUGAGGGAGAUGGAGGAAAACCUGACCGCUCUCUGGUCCAGCAGAUGGAAGAGUCUUAUAGCAGUUUGCCCGUCCGACUUCCCGAAUCCAAUCCAGAAGUCCAGCGCCUCUACCGGGACUGGCUGGAUGGCCACGACUCUCCACACGCUCAACAAUGUCUUCACACACAGUAUAAGAACCACACACAGCCUCCCUCUCAGAUACUGAAUCCUGACAUUCAGUGGUGAGUGGAACAGGCUGUUUCAUCUCCACAAAUCUGUCAGAGCUUGGUUAAAAACAUGGAGACUGACUUUGCAGACGAGACUCAUGCAUGGCACCUUCUUGGGUUCAUAAGGACUGCACUGUUCCCGUGCAACAGCUGAAUAGCUGCAAAAAUUAAACAGAGGAUGGAAGCAGGUUUUCUGUUCUCUGCCGGAAAUCCAUUCUCUUACACUAAUAAGACUUGCGUUUGAGAACUUGUACUCGCAUUGCAACCAAAUGAUGUCAUGGAUGAUUGGGCAACUGGGUAUCACAUUUAAAGUGUGAUUUUUAAAAGCAUUAUAGCAAUUAAAAGUUAAAAAUCUGACUACGAUUUGUUCUGUUUAAAAUGAGCUGUUAUUGAAAUUAAAUAUUGAACCCUGUUCAUAUGCAAUUGAGUAAAUGUGUCAGAAUUUGUCAAUAAGAUCCAGCAGUAGAAAAUGAAAAGAAAAUCAGCAACCUGAUAUUGGUGCUAUGAAUAGAUUAAAGAAUGUUAACCAUCAAUUAAAAACUUUGUAGUUCUGUUUGUUAUGAAGAUGCAUUAAAUAAUUUUAACAGAAUGGCAGUGAUUUUGUAAUUUGUAACAGGUGUAUUAAGAAACCAAUCAUAUCCAGGGCUACACAUAAUCUGCAUGAUCAUUGCAUUAAGUUAUUAAAAUUUUGGGGUGGUUUCCCGGACAGGGAUUAGAAUAGUCCUAGACUAAAAUAAAUGCUAGAGCUGUCCAAACCGAAAACAACUUGCGUUGCCAUAUCUUGAAAUACAUCAUUACUUUUGUGUUGUCUCAAAAUGCACACAAGUAUUGUUUUUAGUAAGGCAUGUUUGGUAAAGCAACUUAAAUUUCCUGAUUAAACUAAGGCCUAGUCCUGAUUUAAAUUAAUCCCUGUCUGGGAAACCACCCCAGAAUUAUGCUUUCUUACCAUAAAUGUCUAGCAAGCCU